ACCCUCACCGAUGCUCCUCACUAUAAACAUAAGUCACUGUACAAAUGAGGGAUGGCCACAGAUACAUUCGGGCAUGAUCUUCAAACUGUUAUGGACUUUUGUCUCGACUCGUUUUUACAGCCUUGGAUGACUGUAAAGUUCUUGCACAAAUAAUUUGAUGAGGACAAGUCUCCCAUACCAAAGCGGAGGGCGGCUGACGUCACCGCAGACGGAUGGGGGGAAAAAGAUCGCACGGCGAUUUUCUCGUCCAAUCAGAAUGCUGGGUGGGAGGUCGUCUGGCAACGUUUGUGUCGUCCCACUCGCAAGACGCAGCAACAUGUGCACUAACUGGAACCAUUUAAAGAACACGGCCACCACUGCUUAGUCCAAAUUCUGAGCCCAGAAAUAAAAAUCAUGAUGCUCUCAAACGCAAGCUUCUUGCUGCAUACGAUGACGAGGAGUCCCGACUUGACGCACGCUUCCAUCUCCAGAAAUGAGACCUUGCUGGUUCACGCCUGGAAAGAACGAGUGGCUUUACCGAUACUAAUGUUCGCCGGGGGCGCUCUUGGGAAUAUAAUCGCAAUCGUCGUUCUCUCCAAGACCAAACAGGAGAGCAAAAGUUCCGCUUUCUAUACCUUGGUUUGCGGUUUGGCUGUGACCGACCUGCUGGGUACAUGUCUGGCCAGCCCGCUGACCAUCGCCAACUACCUGGACCGGCAGGUGCUCCGGGGCGGGCCCUUGUGUGACUUCCACUCCUUUUUGCUGCUCUUUUUCAGUUUAACUGGUUUGAGCAUCAUUUGCGCCAUGGCUGCGGAGCGCUACUUGGCCAUUUGCUGCCCCUACUUGUACCGGCGUUGCGGAGUGGACCGCCGCUUUGCGCAAACCUCCCUGAUGUCCAUGUACGCAAUCAACGUGCUCUUCUGCAGCCUUCCGAUGAUGGGCGUGGUGAGGAGUAGGUUGCAACCCUCCCAAACGUGGUGCUUCAUCGACCUGAGGACCCCGGAGCCCGUGGCGGCGGUUUACUCGCUCCUGUACGGCGCGGUGAGCGUGCUGCUCAUCGUGGGCACCGCCGCGCUCAACGUGGCCGUGUGCGGCUCGUUGCUGCUCAUGCGUCGGAGGAGCGCGCGGAGGAGGACCGGGAGCGGCAGGGGGAGCGUGCGGGACAGGUGGAAGGCGCUCUCCUCCGCCGCGGAGAUCCAGAUCAUGACCAUGCUGGUGAUGACGUCGCUCGUGGUGGUGGCGUGCUCAGCUCCACUGGUGGUCCGUGUAUUCGCCAACCGCGUCAUGCUGAAAGAUAAUUCUGAAGCCGACCUGGCCGCUAUCCGGAUCGCAUCCGUUAACCCCAUCCUUGACCCUUGGAUCUACAUCCUCCUCAGGAGGUCUCUGUUUCGUCGAAUACUCAGUCUAUCCCGACGAUGUCGGACUCGCAGCCGUGGCACCCUGCCCAUGCAACGGCAUCGAUUCUUUUCUGAACACACCAAGGGCUGCCAUGCGUUCAGUGAGAUGAUGGACACUUCGCUUCCUGAUGUUCCUCAAUGUCUCAUUCCCACACAUGCAUGAUGUGCUUCUUAAAUCUGAAGACUGAAGGUGCACGGACACUUUUGCAACUUGGCACUUUUGGAAAGGGUCACGAGUCUUCAUUAAAAUGAUUGCAUCCAUUUUCUUUUACUCUCGGAGUCAGAACGGACCUGCUGACUUUGUGCGAGGUGGAAAGGUAUGUGUUGGACUGCUCACCUGUCAAUCACAGAACUGACACGUAUUUGCCACAUUCUAUACAGACUCUUCUGUGUACCUGGCAUCUGAGUUUUGGACUGGAGAAGGAAGUUGGAGUACACAGAAGGGAGAAAAUAUGCACUUAUACAAAACACGAACGACUACUGUACUUGAUUUUAAAGAUGCUAUGAUGACAUACACGCUACAGUAUUGUGUAAAAAAAAAAAAGAAGGUAGGGUUGAAUAUUUAUUUGUGCCAUUCACUGUCACACAUUUUGUGUGUUUUUUUUUUAUAUAUUGCAUCACUCAUCAUCAAGUUGGAUGUCCAAGGACGAGCCCUUGAUUCAUCCUGAUGUUAAAUUCUAAUUUGAUACAACUACUGAAAAUACAUCCAGAAAUAAAACCUUAGAGCACAGAACGCUAAAAUAAGCAUAAAGACUGAUGCUAAUGCUAUGAAAAACGAGGGUAUCGUAGACACGCAAUAAUAUAAAAGUUAAAUACAGUUGAUUCUUUUUGUGUCAUCUCAAGCUUACCCUCUCUCUUACUGUGUCCGUCGUUUCCAUCGAUUGAAGGAACUGAACCGUCAAUGAAACGAAGUAUUUCGGCGAAUCCUUCUGUAAACUGCAGAAGUGGGAAAUCCGUCCUGAAAAAUGAAAUGUAACCAGGCACAACAGAACAUUCUGCUCGCUCCUUCAUUUUGUAGUAUUGCUUCUCAAGCUUGCUCAUGAACCUCAAAUUAAAAUGUUCAAUUUA